AUGCGAUAUCCUGCUACUGCUAAAACAGCGACGUUGUCGCUUAUCCUAUUACUCCUCGGUGGUCGGCUACAGGUGAAUGCUGACGAAGAAGAUCCAGUGCUCCGUGCACAAGGUGCCAUGCGAGUGGGCAAAGACAAUGCCAUUGUGCCAGAUGCAUCAUCAGACCAUCCAUUAAUUGUGUCCAACCCCGAAGAUCAGCCAUUGUGUGAACCCAAUGCAAUCAUUGAGCCAUCACAGCCAUUGCAAGUGAUGGAAGGAUACGAUGCCUUUGUACUCACCAAUGUUCAAGGCCCAAGAAAAGUAGUUGUGGAUGCAGCCAAUCAUGCACUCGUAACAAGCAGUGAAGGGUUGGUAUCGAUUCGCAUGGAUAAAUGCGGCAACGUCGAAAAAACCACCUUGUUAUCUGAUUUAGGUGAUGAUGGGGCUGUUGCUUAUGGCGUCACACUGUAUGAUGGCAAUCUAUAUGUUGCAUCUCCCAACUCGGUGUGGCGUUUCAAUUACGUCGAUGGCCAACACUCGCUGUUAUCGGAUGGAUUCCAAGUACUACGUAACUUGCAUGGUACUGGCAAUGAGGAUAUCGCCAUUGAUCCAUUUGGUCAUGCCUACUUCCCUCGUCAUGCAACCGAUGUCAAUGAUGACCAUAGCUCAUCCAAACAAGCCAUCAUCAAGCGUUUUAAUUUCCGUAGAGUGCCUAGUGAUGGAUACGAUUUUGAAGAAGAUGGCGAGACCUUUGCUCAUGGUACCAAUGUACAUGGUGCUAUGGCGUUUGAUGCACAAGCACGUUUAUGGGGUCUCGAUUCCCCUUAUCCAUCAUUCGAACGUGAAGAUCUCGGUGGUGCCCUUGCUCCCAAUGGCGUGGCAGAAGAAAUGAACUUGUAUGAAUUCCCUUAUAAGAACUAUGGCUACCCUUAUUGCUUUACCGAAUAUGAUUUGCAACCAUACACAGCAGCCUCCAAGGGCAAAGGUGCACAAUGGGGACAUCCUUCACAAAUGAAUGACACGAUGGAUUUGGAUGACUAUUGCAGCCAAGAUGAAAACAAUCGACGUCCUGCUGUACCACUUACCCCCAAUUCAGGUGCACAUGCCAUGUUUUUCUUUAUGGGCACGUUUUGCUCUGUGGGCGAUAAGCAAACCCUUGGUACAUCCGUUGGCAUGCCAUGCAAUUGGACCGAUACUCCUAUUGUGGCCUAUCGUGGUUACCCUGGUCAAGCUGAAGGUCAUCGUGUUACGCACAUUCCUUUUGAUGAUCUUGGUCACGUGCCCCAAUGGGAUCGACCUGAAGAUCUUAUUUUCAAGGCCGCUAAUGAUUGUCAGGAAGGUUCAGCAUGCUUGACACCUACCGGUCUUGAUGUUGAUGAAUUUGGACGAUUGAUCAUUGCAAGUGAGGAAACCAACGAGAUCUUUAUGAUAAAGCGGCAAUACAACCAAAACGCUGCCAAGCUCAUGACAGCCAAAAUGGAUGCCAAGGAAGAAAUGGAAGAGCGUUUGGAGGAGUUAAAGGAAGAGAAAUUGGAAGCUCAAGCCGAAGGACUCGACGUUGAUGAUGACGAUGAAGAAGAAGAGGAGGAAGAAGAGAUGGAUUUGGACCCUGAAUCGAAGCAGCAAAUCGAUAACAAUGACGCACCUGCCAUGCUCGACACAAAGAAGUCCAAGAACAAAAUUUCAAUCAUAGACAAUUGA